GGAAUUUGUCAGAUGGCUGCCUCUGGACAGGGUUUUUGCUUUGUUGUGAAAGGUCACUUGUAUUUUUCAUGGAGCUACACGUGAUGAGAUCAAAGACCUCCCAGCUGGGUGUUUCUGAGGGACGCAGCCAAAGUCUGACACAGCAGCUGGGUUAACACACUUUUCUAUACACUUUCAAGGACUGUGCAGAGUGGUGAGCUGAUCAUGCCCCCUGCAGCGGGAAGCAAUCUAGGCUACAAGCCACCAGACGGAGGCUGGGGCUGGGCUGUCGUCUUUGCUGCUUUCAUCUCCAUAGGAUUUUCUUACGCCUUUCCCAAGUCCCUCACCAUCUAUUUCAAGGAGAUUCAGGAAUAUUUUUCAGUUUCCUACAGUGAGAUUGCCUGGGUGUCCUCAGUCAUGCUGGCUUCUAUGUAUGCAGGAGGUCCUGUCAGCAGUAUUCUUGUAAACCGCUAUGGCAGCAGACCUGUGGUCAUGGUUGGUGGCAUCAUGGUGAGCGUUGCCAUGGUGCUUGCUUCGUUUGGCACUACAAUAAUUCAUCUGUAUCUCUGCGUUGGAGUAAUUGGAGGUUUUGGUCUUGCCUUCAACCUCCAGCCAGCGCUGACAAUCAUAGGCACUUACUUUCAGGUCAAAAGGCCGAUAGCAAAUGGACUUGCCAUGACAGGAAGUCCAGUUGUUCUGUCCACACUGGCUCCUCUCAAUCAGUUCCUCUUUGAUUCUUUUGGCUGGAGAGGAAGUUUCCUCAUCCUGGGAUCUAUUGUUUUGAACUGCUGUGUAGCUGCUGCUUUGAUGAGACCAGUUAAUAAAUGUGCCCAACCCAAUCCCAACACUGAUUCACCCCAGUUUAACGGGGCAGUGACUGAGGGAGCUGAUGCAGACACCAGCACAGAGUUAGCAAACCCUCUCCCUGGAGAGUGUCAAGAUGAGAGCAAAAGUAAAAGUUGCUGUUCCAAAUUCAUAGACCUCUCACUUUUCAGGCACAGGGGCUUCCUCAUUUAUCUCAGUGGAAAUGUGGUAAUGUUUUUUGGCUUUUUUGCGCCUGUGGUUUUUCUUGCACCAUAUGCCAAACAUCAAGGAACUGACGAAUAUUCAGCAGCUCUCUUGCUUUCUAUUUUUGCUCUGGUGGACAUGUUUAUCAGACCAAUAACUGGCUUGAUUGGCAACAGCAAAUGGGUUAGGCCAAGAAUACAGUAUUUCUUCAGUUUUGCUGUUUCAUACAACGGUAUAUGUCACCUGCUGUGCCCACUGGCGUCUGGAUAUAAGGGUUUAGUCGUGUAUGCUGUCUUCUUUGGUUCGGCAUUUGGAAUGCUGUCAGCACUGCUUUUUGAAGUUCUGAUGGACCUAGUUGGAGCUCAUCGCUUCUCCAGCGCAGUUGGACUGGUCACCAUCAUUGAGUGUGGACCAGUGCUUCUUGGACCCCCAAUUUCAGGGGCUCUGGUUGAUAUUUUUGGGGACUACAAAUACAUGUACUAUGCCUGUGGAAUACUUAUGCUGUUGCCUGGCAUAUUUUUCUUCAUCAUGCAUUACUACAACUACAAGAAACUGGAGGAGGAGCGCAGGCAGAGUACAGCAGGGGAGAUGAGGACUUCUGAAGAGGCAGUACAACUUAAAAUGGACCAGAAUGUCAAAACAACAAAUGAAACAGACAGAUAACUUGUUCAUCAAGGUUUUAUUCAAUGGGUGUAGAAAAAAAAAUCCCAUACAGUAGCCACUUUUAUUGAUUCAGAAAUCUAAAUGAAUUAAAUGACAGUGGACUUCUACAUCUUUAUCUUUAUAUCUACAUUUAUUAUCUUGUCAAGGGCUGUUUUUACAUAUGUUAUUGACAUUCUGUGACAAUUAUUCAUUUAUUAGUUUUUGUUAAUAAACUAUCCUGUUCA